AUGACAGUUCGCAGUAUACUUCCGUCGCUCGGUCAUAUGAUUUUCGUGAAAAAAGGGGCGAGUCGUGAGACCCAGUUUCGAACUUGACAGAUCGGACUUUUUUUCACGUGAACGAGGAAAAUAUCGUUGCAGAAUGAAGGGAUGCAUAUUCAAUAUCGACGGCGGCUAUUUGGAAGGAUUAUGCCGUGGCUUCAAAUGCGGUAUUCUUCAACAGAGCGAUUAUCUGAAUUUGGUUCAAUGCGAAACGCUCGAAGAUCUGAAACUACAUUUGGCUGGUACGGAUUAUGGCAGCUUCUUGGCAAAUGAACCAUCUCCGCUCGCAGUUAGUGUGAUUGAUGACAAGUUGAGGGAAAAACUGGUGGUGGAAUUUCAACAUAUGCGCAAUCAUUCCGUUGAACCCCUGUCUCAAUUCCUAGAUUUCAUUACUUACAGUUAUAUGAUCGACAAUAUUAUUUUGUUAAUCACUGGCACUCUGCAUCAGAGACCCAUUUCGGAAUUAAUCCCAAAAUGCCAUCCGCUUGGUAGUUUUGAGCAAAUGGAGGCGAUUCAUGUCGCUGCAACACCUGCUGAAUUGUACAACGCUGUAUUGGUAGACACGCCCUUAGCACCCUUCUUUGUGGAUUGCAUAUCUGAGCAAGAUUUAGACGAGAUGAAUAUUGAGAUAAUAAGGAAUACACUUUACAAGGCUUAUUUGGAAGCAUUUUAUAAAUUUUGCAAAGACCUUGGUGGUACAACUGCAGAUACUAUGUGUGAAAUACUCGCUUUUGAAGCAGAUAGAAGGGCAAUCAUUAUAACCAUUAAUUCAUUUGGAACUGAAUUAGGUAAAGAUGAUCGUGCCAAAUUGUAUCCACGCUGCGGACGUUUGAAUCCAGAUGGAUUAGCUGCCUUGGCAAGAGCUGACGAUUAUGAACAAGUGAAGGCUGUAGCAGAAUAUUAUGCUGAAUACAGCGCUUUAUUUGAGGGCGCGGGUAACAAUCCUGGCGACAAAACCUUGGAGGACAAGUUCUUCGAACAUGAAGUUCGUUUGAACGUCCAUGCAUUUCUACAACAAUUUCACUUUGGAGUAUUCUAUAGCUACUUAAAAUUGAAGGAACAAGAGUGUCGCAAUAUUGUCUGGAUCGCGGAAUGCGUUGCUCAGAAGCAUCGUGCUAAAAUAGAUAAUUAUAUCCCUAUAUUUUAAUGGAACAUAUUAAAUCGCUGUAAUGUUACAUUUUCUUCUGCAACAAUAAGGUAAUUAAUUAAUUUAUCAUGAUUAAGGCCUAUUUUUGUUUCAUCUAAUGUGGCGAAUUAGAUAAUUAUUAUUUUACAUUAAUAUAAUAAUAAUUAUUAUUAUUUAUAUUAAUAAUAAAUAUAUAAUAUUAAUUGUAAUUGUUGUCGAAGAAGUCUUCUGAAAUUGUAUGAAAAUUAUUAUCCAGGAAACUUAUUUUAGAAAAUUGAAAAAUAUGCAAGUAUGUAUGUAUCCGUCAAAUAUGGAUAACACGUGUGCACAUGACUUAUUGCACACAUAUCAUGCUAAUUAUUAUUUCGAAUUAGUCGUAUUUUGUUUUAAAGUUUAAAUGGAAUAGCAAAAUCUGUAUUGUACGAGUAUGUGCAUAUAUUAGCGUUUAUUAUAAUCUUUAAUAUAAAUCAUAUGUUAUUCUAUGUUGAAAAUAUAAAAUAGUUGUUU